UUCACCCCGAGCUGUUUUUGAUUCAAACGGAUCGGUUUAAUCACUCGUCUGUUAGAUUCAUGCACGUGCGCGCGGGCUCGGGAACGUGAAGGAUUCACAUUUUCACCAGGAGCCUUCAUCUGAACAUCGGAUCGAGAACAGGCCAGAUUGGGUGAAGAUGAGUUUAUCUUUUGCCAUGUUCUGUUUUGAUGUAAUAUUUGGAGUGUCACUCAAGUACAUCAUCAUCAUCAUCAGACUGAUGAGCUGCAUUAGUAUGGUGCAGGUAGAAGCGGCCUGUCGUUUGUCUUACUUCUAAUCCAAUUCACGAAACCCUCGAGGGCCCUCUGUCACUCGGCCCCCUGUUUUUUCUUAUUUUGUCCUCUUAAAUCUACAAAUAUUUAUUUCCUGUACAUCAAGAGGAAAGGGGGCUCCCCUUUCGUUGAAUGCGGCAACAUGGGUGUGUUUGAGCGCGGCGUCCAGAUGCUCCUGACCACGGUGGGCGCCUUCGCCGCCUUCAGUCUGAUGACCAUCGCGGUCGGGACGGACUACUGGCUCUACUCACGCGGGGUCUGUAAAACAAAGACUAGUAACGAGAACGAGACCGGCAAGAAGAACGAGGAGGUGAUGACCCAUUCUGGCCUGUGGAGGACCUGCUGUCUGGAAGGUAACUUUAAAGGCAUGUGUAAACACAUCGAUCACUUUCCUGAAGACGCCGACUAUCAAGCCGAUGCAUCAGAGUACUUCCUGCGUGCGGUUCGGGCCUCCAGUAUUUUCCCCAUCCUCAGUGUCAUCCUGCUGUUCAUGGGGGGUCUCUGUGUCGCCGCCAGCGAAUUCUACAAGUCUCGACACAACAUCAUCCUCAGCGCAGGAAUCUUCUUCGUAUCCGCAGGUCUAAGUAACAUCAUCGGGAUAAUCGUGUACAUAUCAGCCAACGCAGGCGACCCGUCCAAGAGCGACUCGAAGAAGAACAGCUACUCGUACGGCUGGAGCUUUUACUUCAGCGCACUGUCCUUCAUCAUGGCGGAGAUGGUGGGUGUUCUUGCCGUCCACAUGUUCAUCGACCGGCACCGGGAGUUACGUGUGGCUCGCGCUCGGACCGGUGGAGGAGGAGACUAUCUGCAGGGAUCCGCCAUCACCAGAAUCCCCAGCUACCGCUACCGUUACCGGCGCCGCUCGUGCUCCUCCAGCCGCUCCACCGAGCCCUCGCACUCACGUGACGCUUCUCCCGUGGGACUGAAGGCCUUCGGAGCGCUGCCCUCCACCGAUAUCUCCAUGUACACUCUCGGCCGUGGCGGAGACACGCUCAAGACUCCACACGGGUCGCCACCGAUGUACAACUCCGACAGAGAGCCGGACUUCCUCCAGGUGCACAACUGCAUCCAGAAAGACUCGAAGGAUGCCAACCGGCGCACCACACCUGUAUGAGACACAUCGCCCCCUGCAGGUGAGGAGGAGAAUCACGCCAGCCACAGACAGACUGAUUUCUAACACUAAUGACGAAGAGUUUACAUGUUGAAGUCCAAAAAAGAAAAAUGAAUUGCAUGAUUUUCUUAUCUUCCAUAAACUAACAAGUUUUCAACCUCGUCAUGAAUCAGAGCUGAUGACGACGGCGUUUGGACUGAAAGCUCUAUUGAAAUCUCUUUUCUUUAUGUUCGAUUCAUUUCGUUGCACAUAAAUACUGUGAACCUCCGUGGCUGCUGUGAACCCAGGGAAAACAAUCCCACAAACCGGCUGCGAUUUAUAUGUCAUAAUAAGCGUAUUAAUGAUACAUGACUAUAUAUACACUGCCAGUUAAAAGUUUGGGAUCAAAACGAUGUUUAAUGUCUUUUACAGGAGUUAAUCUGCGUUUAUUUGAACAUUGAUCAUUCUGAUAACAAAUCAGCAUAUUAGAAUGAUUUCUGAAGAUCAUGUGACACUGAAGACUGGAGUAAUGAUGAUGAAAAUUCAGCUUUGCAUCACAGAAAUAAAUUAUGUUUUAAAGGACAUCAACAUAGAAACCAUUAUUUUAUAUUGUAAUAACGUUUCGCAAGAUUACUGUUUUUUUCUGUAUUUUUGAUCAAAUAAAUACAGCAUUGAGGAGCAGAAGAGACUUCUUUAAAAAAACAUCUCACUGAUCUCAAACUUUUGACUGGUAGUAUAAAUAUAUAUAUAUAUAUAAAUGAAAAGAUACAUACAUGGAUAUAUGAACAUCUGUUAAUAAACCACACAUAGACUUCUUGAUUCAAGAAGAAGACAUAAAAAAAACAAAAGAGCAAAUCAGAAGUCAAUAAAAUCAUCAUGGAUAAUAAGA